AUGAUGGAGCUCUCGGUUGACGUCCACUCGACCGACGUCUUCCUCUUUCCCUCCAAAAAGCAGCGUCAACAGCCGUCGUCCGAUGCAUUGCUGUCACCAUCAACCUCAUCCUCAUCUUCAUCGAGACUGACGCCAUCUCCCUCGUCAUCCUACACCACCGCAACCCCGAACCACGACGGCGAGUCCCCCGCCUACAGCGAGAUUGAAGACAUGACGGCGUUCACCUCGACCAAGCUGUCCAACGACGACCAUGCGAUCCUGUAUGCCUACGUUGAGAUUAAGAUCCCCGCCUCGUCCUCCUCCCCCACCUCCUCUCGCAUCCGCAACCGCCUAAAGAGCCUAACACUGACGCUGUCGGGUCACGAGAGCAUCUCCUUCCCGCGUGGGGGUAUGGAGGCGAACCGCACCUACUACGACGAGAAAUCCAUCGACGAGGCGCUCUCCAUCACCUACUUCGAGCCGGGCCGUACGUAUCGGUUCGAACGAAGCUUUUUUGUAGACCACGACACGGCGCCGUUCCAACGCAGUAGCUGGGGGGUCAACAACCAACGACUUGUCGCCAAAGCGACAUUCCACGGGUUGCUGUCCAAAACCUUGACGGCAACAAGGAAGGUCUACUUCAUCGACUGCCAUAACGAUGAGGGCAACGAGAUGAUUGUUUUCGACAAGGACGUUCGUACGCACGCUGACGGGUUGGGGCCGUUCAGCCUGAGGAACCGGUCGGAGGUGUUUACCGUCGGUGGGUACCUGCGGACCAGUCUCGAUCUGCUCAGCCCACUCGAAGGGGUGACGAUCGUAGGAUUGCGAGCGAGCGUCGAGAUGCGUACCACGUUGACCUCGCGUGUCACUCGCAAAGGGUACAUCGAAACCGUCCAUCCGAAAAAAGUUCCCUUCCUCUCCCUCGACCGCAGGCAAGUGGCCGAGCUCAUGGCGACCAAGAAGCUCCAGGGUGGUGGCGAGGGUGUCGCACCCAACGGAGACACCUACCCCGCUCUCGAAGUGACCUCCCGCCUACCAGACGAUAACCACAUCCGACCCUCCACCGUGGCGGACAACGACGCAGCCGUCCGCUUCCGCAACUACCUCGACUACGAGAUCGACUUUAUCGACGGCGAGCUGCCUCCCGCGGGUGGCGAGGAGAGGGAGAUGAUCUAUGUGGACGGGCAGAAGAUGAAGCGGUUCCACGUGUCGAUUCCAGUGUUCAUCUCUUCGUGCGGAUGCAGGCCGGACUCGUUGAGUCUGCCGUCGUACGCCUGCGAGGACCCGAUGCCCGCCCAGUGCGUCCGGGAGAGGAGGCAAGAAGCAGAGGCUCUGCACGACAGGCAGCGGGACAAAGGCGCAUUUCCUUGCAUCUGCACGUUUACCCUCGAGAGCCUGUUGGAGGUCGAAAAGGUUUCCCAGGCCACACCGAGGGGUAGCCAGGGUUUGGACGAGGGGGAUUUUCUGCCUAGGUACAAGUCGAGGGAGUGA